AUGCGCGAGCCAUAUAAUACCAACGUCGGGAUCGGCUCGCCACCGACUUUCUACACGCUCAUUGUGGAUACGGGCUCAGCAAAUACGUGGAUCUCUGCUCGGGGCUCUCAUCCAUACAAGCCAACAGAGACAUCCAAGGAGUCAAACCGGAAUCUAAGCAUCAAGUAUGGGACAGGGACCUUUCGAGGAAAACUGUGGUAUGAUCGUGUCACUCUUGGUGGACUGGUAGUUGAGAACCAAGGCAUUGGUGUUGCCGACAUGGCUUUUGGUUUCGAGGCCGAUGUUGACGGGAUCCUUGGGCUGGGUCUUGUAGAACUGACGAAGGAGUCCAUCAUUAAAGACAAAAACAGAGGCUCGGAUGACGGGCCCGAGUCAAUUCCGACCAUCCUUGACAAUCUAUUUGCACAAGGAAAGAUACCACAGAAAACAGUCGCGAUUAGCUUUGACCCGAUGUCGACAACAAUCGAGGCGUAUAACUAUGAAGGCAGAUUUCAUGGCGUGCUGACGUUUGGCAAGACAGACCCGCAAAGAUACUUAGGCAAGAUUACCUAUACAACUAUUCCUCAAGGUAGAUCGUCGAGUAAGCAUUGGAGCUUGGAACAGAGAAUAGUCUAUGGCUCGCCCACCGAAGGCGUUGAGAUCCUCAAGGAUGGGAUCGGGGUAAUUGAUACCGGUAGCUCGGUGGUCCAUCUUCAAGCGCGAUCGUUUGAGGAAUACCGAAAGGCAUCAAAUGCAGAACUUAACAUUAUCAGCGGACUUCUAUCCUUGUCCAACGACAACCGGGAAAAGUUGAAAAGCCUCUUCUUUGAGAUUGGUGGAAUGCACUUUGAAAUUCCUCCCGAGGAGCAAAUUUGGCCUCAAGCCUUGAAUGACGUCGCAGGUGGGCCUCCGGAUGAUUGUUACAUGGUGUAUGUCGAGCUCGCCAGCGAUUCUGGGAUCGAUAUCUCACUUAUAAAUGGGUUCACUUGGCUUCAACACUUCUAUACUGUACUAGAUGCGGAGAAUAGACGUAUCGGUAUUGCCAAAGCCGCAUCCCGCAAUACCUGGGAUGCUCGAGCCACGAACAACUAA